AUGUUCCUCCUUUGUAACGCUCUCCUCGUUUUCCUUGCAAAUUACUCCGGUCUCUUCAAAUCCCUCUCUUCUUCUUCUUCUUCUUCCCCCAAACAUCUCGACACCAAUUUCCGAUUCUUCGACUUCGGCCUCGACCUUCUUCAGAAACCCUCAUCCAUUCACUCUGAAACUCCAGAAGAAAAGAAGGAUGACGCACUACAAAACCCACCAAAUCUUGAACAACAACAACAACAAGCUGAAGUGUUAGGGGAGACUCUUUUUGGAAGUGAAACGGGGGAACUUGUAGAGAUGAUUCAAGAAGAAGAAGAAGAAGAUGAAGAGAAUUGUGGAGUGAUGAGUGAUGAAGAACUGAAUAGAAAGUUUGAUGAAUUCAUCAAAAGAAUGAAGGAAGAAAUCAUCCUAGAUGAUGCUCCAAGAACUCUAGUCGUUGUUUGA